AUGGGAGAGACCUGGCCAGACUCCCACUCUCCUCCUCCCGCAGCCCCACCUCCCCGGUCCUGCUUAACUCCUUGCCAGGCCAGCCGUGGGGCCACCAUUCCUGUCCCCAUCCCUGUCCCCACGAUGCUCCGGCUGCUGCUGCUCUGCGGGGCCCUGGGCUGCGGGGCAGACCAGGCAGCCCCGCUCACCUUCACCAUGCUGCAACGGACCCGCGUCUCCAAGGGCAGCUCCGUCUUCUGGGGGAACGCCAGCCUGGAUGGGCGGCUCAGUCAUCUCCUGGAGGGGCUUAAUGUCACUCAGGUGCUGCCGCUGGAGCCCCCGGAUGCCUGGGCCAGGCGGCAGCAGGACGUGACCACCUACCUGCUCUACUUCGACCAGCUGGUGAAGCUUUUCAGCAAGGAAAGGCCCAUCAACUACACCCAGAGCCUGUGCUGCCGCCUGGGCUGCCACCUCUUCCCCAAUGGCACGGCCCACAGCUUCUAUGAGGUGACCCUCAACGGGACGGCUUUCCUCAGCUUCCACGUCCCCAAUGCCACCUGGGAGCGGCGCUGGCCUGGCGGGGAAGCGGUGGCUGCCUUUGCUGAGAGGGAGCUGAUGAAGUACCCCAAGACCACCCGGGACCUCCAGCAUUUCCUCAACACCACCUGCGUUGGCAUCCUGCAGGCUCAGAGCGCCUGGACAGGAAAACAGAGCAGCCGGUCACAUGCCCCGCUGGUGCUGGGCCUGAUCCUGGGGACCUUCGCCUUGCUGGGCAUGGCCGCGGGGAUCUUCUUGUGCACGGGAGGGAGCUGCUAGCGGAGCCGGCAGCUGUUCCACAUCAGCCCGUGGAGGCAGGGACCGAGCCUGUGCCCUGCAAGGGAUGUAUCUCCCCAGCGCCGCAGGCUUUGCUUCCAAAGGACACCAGUGGCUUCCCUGCCCGGUCCAAGCUGGGUUGACCCCUCCAGCAGCAGCACCCUGCCCCGGGGAUGGUCCCCACGCUGGGCUGGCACGGUGCACUGAGACUUAACGCAGAAAUACGCUUGGCAUGGAUGGAAAAAAUAGGGAAAGGGGGGGGAAGUGGCAGGAGAAGCAGCCAAGAAAGGGUUAAAAUGAUGGCAUUGAAACCCUCAUUUAUCCCUGUUCAGUGGGGAUAAAUGCCUGGGAUGGAGGAUGUCACACCUUUGUGGCACUGCUUCGAGAUGUCCUGUAAUAAAACCACCCAUCAGCUCUCA